AUGGAGUCCAACCUGCAGGGCCCCUUCCUGCUGAACAACGCGCCGCUGGCCCAGUUCUCGGAGAUGAAGGCGCCUGUGUGCCAGUACUCUGUGCAGAACCCCUUCUACAAGCUCAGCCCCCCGGGCUUGGGUCCCCAGCUGCCAGCCGGGACCCCCCACGGCAUCACGGACAUCCUCAGCAGGCCCGUGGCCGCGCCCAACAGCAGCCUCCUGCCCGGCUACCCCCACGUGGCUGGCUUCGGUGGCCUCGGCUCCCAGGGGGUCUACUACGGCUCCCAGGUGGGGAGCUUCUCCAAGGCGGGGAGCGAGUACCCCACCCGGACCCGGAACUGCUGGGCGGACACGGGCCAGGACUGGCGAGGCGGGCGGCAGUGCGGCAGCACCCCGGACGCCCUGAGCGACAGCAUGCAUAAGAAAAAGCACACCCGGCCCACCUUCACGGGCCACCAGAUCUUCGCCCUGGAGAAGACUUUCGAGCAGACCAAGUACCUGGCUGGCCCCGAGAGGGCGCGGCUGGCGUACUCGCUGGGGAUGACCGAGUCGCAGGUCAAGGUGUGGUUCCAGAACCGGAGGACCAAGUGGCGGAAGAAGAGCGCCCUGGAGCCCUCGUCGUCCACGCCCCGGGCACCGGGCGGCGCGGGCGCGGGCGGGGAGCGCGCGGCCUCGGAGACCGAGGACGACGAGUACAACAAACCCCUGGACCCGGACUCGGACGACGAGAAGAUCCGCCUGCUGCUGCGCAAGCAUCGCGCCGCCUUCUCGGUGCUCGGCCUGGGGGCGCACGGCGGCGUCUGA